AUGGCGGCGGCGCUGCUUAGACAGACCAUGACAAAGUUCUGUCAGGAGCAUUUGGCUCCAAAGGCCCAACAAAUUGACCAGGAGAAUGAAUUCAAAGGCAUGCGGGAAUUUUGGAAGAAACUUGGGGAACUGGGAGUUUUGGGGAUCACAGCUCCUGCAAAAUAUGGUGGAUCUGCUAUGGGGUAUUUGGACCACGUGCUGGUGAUGGAGGAAGUUUCUCGUGCAUCGGCGGCUGUUGGACUCAGUUACGGUGCCCACUCAAACCUCUGUAUUAACCAGCUAGUGCGGAAUGGCAAUGAAGCACAAAAAGAGAAGUACUUACCCAAGCUAAUCAGUGGGGAGCACAUUGGAGCAUUAGCAAUGAGUGAGCCCAAUGCUGGAUCUGAUGUUGUCUCCAUGAAGCUGAAGGCAGAUAAAAAAGGGGACUAUUUUGUUUUGAAUGGGAGCAAAUCUUGGAUCACCAAUGGGCCAGAUGCAGAUGUUCUCAUUGUUUAUGCUAAAACUGACCCUAAUGCUGUUCCAGCCUCCCGAGGUAUAACUGCAUUCAUUGUGGAGAAGGGAAUGCCAGGUUUCAGCUCAGCCCAGAAGCUCGAUAAGCUGGGAAUGAGAGGGUCUAAUACCUGUGAACUGAUCUUUGAAGACUGCAAGAUCCCUGACCAAAAUAUCUUGGGGCAGAUAAGCAAAGGAGUCUAUGUUCUGAUGAGCGGCUUGGACCUGGAGAGACUUGUGCUGUCUGGUGGGCCACUAGGGCUCAUGCAAGCUGUUCUUGAUCAUGCAAUUCCAUACCUACAUGUAAGAGAAGCAUUUGGACAGAAAAUUGGCCACUUCCAGCUCAUGCAGGGCAAGAUGGCUGAUAUGUACACCCGGUUGAUGGCAUGUCGGCAGUAUGUCUACAACGUGGCAAAGGCCUGUGACCAAGGUCAUUUCAAUGCAAAGGACUGUGCCGGGGUGAUCCUCUAUUCAGCAGAGUGUGCUACCCAGGUGGCUCUGGAUGGUAUUCAGUGCCUUGGUGGGAAUGGAUACAUCAAUGACUACCCGAUGGGGCGUUUCCUGCGUGAUGCCAAGCUCUAUGAGAUUGGGGCAGGCACCAGUGAAGUGCGCAGACUUAUCAUUGGCCGGGCAUUUAAUGCUGCUUUUAAGUAAUAACCACUGGUGGAGGGACAGCACCCUGACUGCCAAGAGGCCUUUGACUAUUGAGCUGGGGCGCACAAUUUUUUCUUCCUGCUUGUGAUUCUAGGAUUGUCACUUGUGGACUCUUUCCUGUCUAGUCUGUGAACAGAUGCAGCUGGGCUUUGCUGACAGAAUGAAUCAGACGGUAGGACAGAAGGAAAAGUGUGGGUUUCUUUUUUUUCCUCUUAUGAUCAGCCUGAUUCAUCCUGUUCAUAAGCCAUCCAGAUUCUCAGUGCUACAGAGCUGAGGUUCAUCCAGGGGACAUCACCAUCAGAGCAGGCUGUUGGUGUGCUUGGAACAGGAGGCAGCCAUUGCUGAGUACAGAAAGUCAAUCCAGAAGAACAGGCUAGGGAAUAACUUUUCUCUCUUUAAAAACGGAGUGCCAUUUAAUAGCUAGCAUCUAGCACGCUACUGCUGGACGGAGGGAUUUCCCAUUGUGACAUUCCAAUGGGAUUAAUAGCUUCCAUUUUGGGAAAACUUGAUGCCGACUGAAUCGUGGCGGUAGCUAUCAUGAACAUCAAAGCAGUGUUUCAGGCCGUGAUUCCUCAAGCCUAAUUAAAACACCACAUAUAUUUCUUUGUACGCUUCCUUUCCUAUCCCGACUACUUCUCAAGAUAUUUUGGUGCAGCCUGAAGUCUCUGCUCCUCUGACUGACUGCAUCCUGCUGUGUUAUCCAUUCAGAGGUGUCACCAUCCAUCAUUCUGGGAACAGUUAAAAUGUCAGACCUGUAUUGUGAUAUCCAUGAAUGAGUCAGGCAGAAGGAGGUUGACUUUUGGGUUGGGAUUUUUUUAAGCUUUUUCUUUUGGUAAAAGCAUGUGCUUACACUACAUGUUUGCUUGACUAGAGGAAGUUAAAGUGAAUGCAACAGUACUUGUGGAUGCUUCCAGGGAGUAUUAAACGCAUCAAAUUAAGGUGCCUUAUUAAGGAAAACUGCAGUGUAUGCUACGGCCUCAGAGUGAAUCAUGAAGGAAAAUGGGCUGUUGUAACCAUGACAGAGGAAUGAAUUAAGCAAUUACUGUAUGGGCAACCUCCCAGUAGUUUUAAUAUAGAGAAGCUUAAAGCUUUGUGUGUUGCUUUUGAUUGUAGUUGACAUCUGUCUGUCCUAGGUGAUAGAAAUUAAUACUGAAUUUUAUAAUGCCACAGGCUGAAGAGUCCAGCCCUAAGAAAAAUUCACCUUUCUGUAUUGCCAGCUGGGUCACCAGGUAUUUAUAUGAAGGGCCAAUAAAACGUCAGUUCUUCUAGAGCUAGAAACAGCCUCUAAAAUCAUGAUGGCAUACUUUCUUCCUAAACUUCAUGUAUAUUCAGCUACAUUCAGCUGCAUACAUACAGCAAUCAUUCUGCAGUUGUCCCACGGAUUAAUUUUCAGGGUUGCGUAAAUGUGAAUCUCUGCGUAAAACUAGUGGAGAUGAACAUCAGGACAGGGUGGAUGUAAGUGGCUUUGCCUGUUAAGUGUACCCCCUUGAGCUGUUCCUGAAAACAUUUUGAAAAUGGGCCUUGAAGCACAAGUGAGGUGCAUAUAAAACUGCUGCUGUUGCUGCACCCCAUCUGAUGUCCCACAGGAGCUUUAGGGCAGGAGCUCUGGAGUUGUCCAAGUGAUUUGGAGAGCAGAUUCCCACUGUGAUGAGCAAUGCAGCCCUAAAAUGCUGAGCCUUAGUCCUGUAGCCUGCACCUGCAUGGUGAGGAGGCUGCUCUCUGCUUGUUCUGCAGUUGUGGGCCUUCUGUCAUCCAGGCAAGACAAUCUUCUGCUGCGCUCCAGUAUGCCCUCCCUGUCUCUGCACCCACAUUGCCUUCCAGGUCUGAGGUCUGGCCUCAUUUUUUGCAGUCGCAGGCAAGCAGUGGCCAGGGCACGUACGCAGCGACCAGUGCCGCGGGGUAUGUAGCAGAGUUUCUCCGCCCUGCGGAGCAGAUGCAGCCUCUGUGUCUCACUGAAACAGCAGAUCUCCAGCUGAGAGGUGGUGGAAUCACAGCGUCUUUAGCACAUGUUGGAAAUGCAUAUUUUACCUGUAUGUUUUUAGCUCUUUGACAGGGGAGUGAAUCACUAUAAUUUUGCUUGAAGAUGCUCAAAAGAGCAUUGGCUCUGAAUCAAUAUGUUGUGAUCUGUCUCUGGCCAGAGGAGCUUCCCUGAAAUACAUAUGUGAACAACCUCAGGAUCUUGUAAGAGACUCAGUGUUUAAAAACACAUAUUCCAAGUUGGAAAGGACUGCAACUUAUUCAGCCUGCCCUGUGAAUGCUGGAGUGGCUUUUUUUUUUUUUAAUACAAAUAAUAAACAGUGCCUCACUUUCUAGGCUAAUCAGCAGCUCAAAGUUAAAGGUAAAAUGAAUCAACGUCUAACCCACUGUGGGGUGGGGUGGAGGGAGAGGUUCAUCAAUCUUAAGGGUUAUGUUAAUCAAAUUUCAGGCACCUCCACAGCAGCACUGUGUGGAUGUUGAACGGGCUGCCUUGGGAAAGGGCUGUCUUUCCUUGCACCAAGCAGUUCUCACUGUGGUAUUUAAAAAAAAAAAAAAAAAAAGUCUCCUGGCGUGGUGGGGAAGGCUUGUGAGGGGAGAAGGAGUUUAAUAUCUAUGCAGUGCUAAUAAAGAAAUGUGCUUCUGCUGAG